AACAACACACUUCUCCGAUCUUUGCCUGGAUUAUCAAAUUUUUUCUUUAUUUGGCAGAUUUGAGAUACCAGACAGCCCAUUAAUGGACGCCAAUCAUUCAACCUAACCACCGAAGCAGUCCCCCAUGCCUACUGCUCGCGAAAGAAUUGCGGAGCUGCGGGCUCUCCGUGCCUCCGGAAAGAAGCGUAUCGAUACAUACGAGGUAGAGGAUCAGGGAGAUAUCUACGACGAGGUCGACGAUGAGGGGUAUAAGGACGUUAUCCGCAAUAGACUUGACGAGGACGAUUUCGUCGUCGACGACAACGGCGCAGGGUAUGCGGACGACGGUCGAGAAGUCUGGAAUGAAGGUGCGCCAGAAUACGAUAGCGAUAGUGACGAGGAUGUGGAAUUGCCAGUGAGGGGCAAGGCGGCUAAGAGGAAACAUGAAGAGGAGGAGCAGAGGAAAGAGAAGAUCAAUAAUGGGAUUUCGAAAUACUUCAAGAGUGGUGCCGCAUCUGCUCCGAAGCUAAAACCAGUUGCUACCGCUGAAGAUGACUCUUUUAUGGCCGGGCUCCUUAACGAGGUCGAUACGAACGUUGUAUCGAAUCAUGUACCCGCACCUAAUGUGAUCAAAUCGGAAGCCCGACGAAAAGUUCGCAUCCUCUCACCACCGAUAUCCCAGAAACCACCCGUUGAGAAACGCGAAAAGAGAGACGAGAAUGCUGGCCCAAUCUCGCCUGUCAGCCAUGAGCCCCCCGCUGAUGUCGACGACGACGGACCGCUUCCCCAGGCCGAUGACGACGACGUUCCGAUGAGCGAUCCCAUGCCAUCGUCUCCCAUAAGCAAGGCCGUUGAGCGAAAGACGGCCAUUCCAAUCAAGAAAGAGGAGUUUGACGAUGACGAUGAUAACGACCUGAUGGAAGUGGCAGAAGCCACGGGUGACAACGAGAACAAAACCAACGGUGUUAAUAUGAUCGGUAGCCGGCUGCCUCCUAAGAUCAAGCAGGAAAACCUUCCAACCCCCGCAAGCUCUUCGCCUCUCAAGCCAGCUCCUAAUACUGUGAGCCCUUCGUGGAAUGACGUGAGGAGCAAGUUGAAUGUCCUGAGCAGCCCAGGAGGACCAGGGCCAGAGAUGAAAACUUUCGGCAAACUUCAAGCUCAGGAUGCCGUCGAAGAAGAUGGAAGCUUACGCAUGUUCUGGAUAGAUUUCACAGAAGUAAACGGCAACCUGUGCUUGUUUGGCAAAGUGAAGAACAAGCAGACAGGCGCCUUCGUGAGUGCAUUCGUCAAGGUCAACAACGUCUUACGGAAACUUUACUUCCUUCCACGAGAACACCGGCAGAAGCAUGGAAGGGAAACGGAUGAAGAAGUCGACAUGAAGGACGUCUAUGAGGAAGUUGAUGAAAUGAUGUCGAGACUUAAGGUUGGGAUGCAUAAAAUCAAGCCGUGCACAAGAAAAUAUGCAUUUGAGCUGUCAGAUGUUCCAAAAGAAACAGAGUAUCUGAAGCUCCUCUACCCUUACGACAAGCCCACGCUGCCAAUGGAUGUCAAGGGAGAGACAUUUUCCCGUGUAUUCGGAACGAACACAUCUCUCUUUGAGCAAUUCGUUUUGUGGAAGAACAUCAUGGGUCCUUGCUGGUUGCAAAUUAAUGAGGCCGACUUCUCUGCCGUCAACAAUGCGUCCUGGUGUAAAUUUGAAUGUCAGGUCUCGAACCCGACCUCCAUCAACCCUGUCCCCGAGACUGAGAACCUCGAAGCGCCGCCGCUCACGCUCAUGAGUCUUUCGUUCAGAACGCAACUCAACGUGAAGGAAAACAAGCAAGAAAUUCUCGUUGCAAGUGCCCGGGUCUACGAGGACAUCGCGAUCACAGAUACUACACCUCCCGAGAAAAUGCCCUGCAAAACAUUUACUGUCAUGCGCCCACCUAGCUCGACAUAUCCUCUGGGCUUCGAAGCCGAGGCGAAGAAGCAGCGUGGUGCUUUUAUGUUGGAAAAGAGCGAGCAAUUCUUGCUCAGCAAAUUCCUGGCCUUGUUCGAAAGAAUGGAUCCCGACGUUAUUAUGGGGCACCAGCUGCAGGAAGUUGACCUCAGUAUUUUGCUGAGCAGGUUAAAAGAAAAGAAAACGCCUGGCUGGCACCGUCUGGGACGAUUAAAGCGUGGAGAAUGGCCCAAGAACUUCAACCGGGGUGGCGGGUUCUUCGCUGAGAGGCACCUGAUCGCUGGACGGUUGAUGUGUGAUGUGGCUAACGACAUGGGCAAAUCCUUGAUGAUGAAGUGUCAAUCGUGGAGCUUGACCGAGAUGUGUGAACUUUACCUUGGUCAGGGCAAUUUGCGCCAGGAAUUGGACCACGAGGCAGCAUUGAAGACAUGGGCCAUUUCUAAAGAAGGACUGAUGAACUUCGUGAACCAUUGCGACACAGACACUUACUUCAUCGCUGCGCUUAUGCUGCGUCUUCAGAUGCUUUCCUUAACCAAAGUUCUCACAAACAUCGCCGGUAACUCUUGGGCACGAACACUCAGCGGUACGCGUGCGGAGCGUAACGAGUACAUUCUGCUUCACGAAUUCCACCGAAACAAGUACAUUUGCCCUGACAAGUAUGCAUCCAAGUUGCAGAAGGCAGAAGAAAAGAUGCAGGAGGGCGACGAAGACGAAUCGGUCGACAAGAAGAAGAAAGACAAGUUCAAGGGAGGUCUCGUCUUCGAACCGGAAAAGGGCCUUUACGACCGUUUCAUCCUUGUUAUGGACUUCAACAGUUUGUAUCCCAGUAUCAUCCAGGAGUAUAACAUUUGCUUCACGACAGUCGAGCGAACGGCAACUGCUGAAAAUGAAAACGACGAAAAAGUACCUGAAGUUCCUCCCUCAGAACAGGAGCAGGGUGUUCUGCCUCGGUUGAUUGCCGCCCUUGUUGGUCGUCGUCGUGAAGUGAAAAAGCUCAUGAAAGACAAACGCGCCACACCUGAACAGCUUGCUCUGUGGGAUACAAAGCAGCUGGCGUUUAAGCUGACUGCCAACUCCAUGUACGGAUGUUUGGGUUACACCCAGAGUCGAUUCUACGCUCGUCCCCUGGCCAUGCUUACCACAUUCAAGGGCCGCGAGAUUCUCAGGAGCACCAAGGAGUUGGCCGAAAGCAGCCAACUUAGAGUCAUCUAUGGUGAUACUGACUCCGUUAUGAUCAACACUAACAUGGACACUGUCAGCGACGCCCUCAAAGUCGGUGAGGAGUUCAAGAAGACCGUCAACGAACGAUACCGGCUCUUGGAAAUUGAUAUUGAUAACAUCUUCCGUCGACUCUUGCUGCAUGCCAAGAAGAAGUAUGCGGCCAUCAACAUGACUGAAGUGGAUGGCAAGUAUGUGGACAAGCUCGAAGUCAAGGGUCUGGACAUGAGGAGACGUGAAUACUGUGCUUUGUCCAAGGAAGUUUCGCAAAGACUUCUGAAUGAGGUCCUUUCGGGUGAAGAUCAAGAACUGGUUCUCAACCGGGUCCAUGACUACCUACGCGACCUCGCCGCCAAAAUGCACGACUACUCGAUUCACGUCCAGAAAUACGUCAUCUACACGAAACUUUCGAAACGGCCAGAGGAAUAUCCGAACAAAGAAAGCAUGCCUCCGGCUCAGGUCGCGCUACGUGAGCUUACACGUGGUAAAACGGUCCGUCCCAACGAUGUCAUUUCGUACAUUGUGACGAAUGGAGACGCGGAAACUGCUUCUCUCCCCCCGGCGAAGCGGUCGUAUACCCUUCAAGACGUGAUCAAACCCGAUUCGGCGUUGAAGCCGGACAUUGAAUUUUACCUUCUCAAGCAGAUCUUCCCUCCCAUUGAGCGUCUCUGUGCCCCUAUCCCAGGCACAGACGCCGUGCGGCUGGCUGAAUGCUUGGGACUCGAUAUUCGCAAGUAUCAAAUCAACAACACCUCCAGUGGAGGCAACCAGCAGAACACGGACAUCUUCCCAUUGGAGUCACAAAUCCCAGACUCUGUCCGUUUCGAGAAUGCUGUUCGCUUCACCUUGACAUGUCGAUCCUGCAAGGAGAGGUCGGUGUUCGAAGGAGUGGCGGCUUCAUCCAACAUGUGCACACCCAACGGUCUCAUCUGUCCGAACCAAGGUUGUCAGAGGCCGUUCUCAGUUCUGACAAUCGUCGCACAGCUGGAGAGCCAAAUCCGAGCACAGGCUUCCAAGUACUACGAAAGCUGGCUCGUUUGCGACGAUUCUGCAUGUGGCAACCGUACACGCCAGAUUAGCGUCUAUGGACACCGAUGCCUUGGGCCGCGGGGCCACGCUGAAGGCUGUCUGGGACGAAUGUCUUACGAAUACACGGAAAAGCAACUCUACAACCAGCUGCUUUACUUCGCUGGUCUCUUCGAUGCGGACAAGAUCAAGGCCGCGGCCGCAAAGGAGACUGGGGAAAAGAAGGACAGUGUAGCGGCUCUGGUCGAAUUCAACCGGACCCGAUUCGGUACCAUUAAGAGCGUGGUCCUGGUCAUCGCCGGAUCCGACAGCUCGGGAGGCGCAGGUCUCGAAGCUGACCAACGGGUUCUGACUGCGCACGGAUGCUACGCCCUCACAGCGACAACAGGUCUCACGGCGCAAAACACACUGGGCGUGCAGGACAUUUUCGUCGUCCCGGCGGAGUUCGUGAGGAAACAGAUCAAUGCCGGUUUGGAAGACGUUGGAGCUGAUGUGGUGAAAUUGGGGAUGCUUUCGUCUACGGAGACCAUCCAUGUCAUUGCGGAGGCAUUGGAGUCGCAUAAGGUGCCUGUGGUGGUGUUGGAUCCGGUCAUGAUCUCCACGAGCGGAUCCCAAUUAUUACCGGAAGCUGCCGUCAAGGAACUGCGCACCAGAUUGCUCCCCAUCACGACCGUCGUUACUCCCAACAUCCCCGAAGCGAAACUUCUACUGAAAGACGCCGGAACGGACGCCCCAGAACCAGAAGAUCUCCCCUCGUUAAUACAACUUGCAAAACAAAUCAGCACCUUAGGACCGAAGGCGGUUCUGCUCAAGGGUGGUCAUUUGGCCCUGACAAGGGACCAUAAGAUUGCUCGUGACCAACGUGAAGCCUCGUUGGUGGUUGAUGUUCUCUAUGAUGGGAAGGAUGUUACUCUUUUCGAGACGGACUAUUUGGUAUCAAAGAACACACACGGCACUGGAUGUUCCCUGGCGUCUGCCAUUGCGGCCAACCUGGCCCUGGGCAAGACGUUGAAGCGGGCUAUUCGGGGCGCUGUGCGGUUUGUCGAGGCAGGGAUUAAGACCAGCACUGAUUUGGGUAAAGGAAGUGGACCAAUCAACCAUUUCCAUUCGUUUUACAGUUUGCCUUUUGCGCCGGGCCGGUUUCUGGAAUACGCAUUAGACCGCGAUGAUGUUCGUCCCGUAUGGAAACAUUUCACAGAGCAUACAUUCGUGCAGGGUAUAGCGAAUGGCUCGCUUCCCGAGGGACGAUUCAAGCAUUACCUCGUGCAAGAUUAUCUCUACCUGGUUCACUUUGCCCGGAGCAAUGCACUGGCGUCAUACAAGGGGAAGAGUAUGGAAUCUAUUGCAGCGUCUGCCCGGAUUGUAUUGCACAUUGAGCGCGAGAUGGCAUUGCAUCUGGACUACUGUGCCUCUUUUGGAUUGUCUAAGCAAGAUAUGGAGAGCUUUCCUGAGACGAUUGCAUGCACGGGAUACAGUAGAUAUAUCCUCGACGUAGGUCAAUCAGAAGAUUGGCUCGCAUUACAGAUGGCGCUGGCCCCUUGCUUGGUUGGAUACGGCGCCAUUGCCAAAAGACUAUAUUCAGAGGAGCAGACUCUCCGCACAGGAAACCGAUACUGGAAAUGGAUUGAGAACUAUGUUGCAGAAGACUAUACGGAGGCAGUCCGGUUGGGAUCCGAACUGCUGGAGGCACACAUGCGAAAGAUUUCACCGAGCCGGGUGGAAGAACUCAUCAAGAUCUUCAUCCGAGCAACAGAAUUGGAAUGCAGCUUUUGGGACAUGGGACUAGGCCAUCAAGUAUAGAAUUUAUUCUACGCAUCAAAAUGUCAAUAGUUGGUACAUACAAACUUUGAACUGGGUCGAGACUCGACACUGAUAAGAGGC